AUGGCACCUCAAGAUCGCCUAGCCCAAGUCUCAUCCCAUCUCAAUUUCCCACGAGGACUGUUCCACAAUCAAACAGCUAUCAUCACAGGUGCUGGACAGGGAAUCGGUGCCGAAACAGCUCGAUUAUUUGCAAAUGAAGGUGCAAAAGUAGUUGUCGCUGAUGUCGACGACGAGAAAGCAAAUGCGGUCGCGAAGAGCAUCAAUGACAUCGCGCCCAAUCGAGCAAUAGUCGUGUCUGGCGACGUCACGAAUGCGAGUUAUAUCAACACGCUAGUACAGAAGGCGGCUGAGUUUGGAGAUGGUAAGAUACAUAUUAUUGUUAACAAUGCCGGGUUUGCCUGGGAUGGGGUUAUUCACAAGAUUACGGACAAGCAAUGGGACACAAUGCUUGCAGUCCACAACACCGCGCCAUUCAAACUCGUCAGAGCCGCAGCACCAUAUUUUCGUGUAAAGGAUAAAGAGCCUCGUGUCAUUAUUCAAAUCAGUUCAACAAGCGGGAUACACGGGAAUGCAGGACAAGCAAACUACGCCCUCGCCAAAGCAGGGGUUGUCGGACUCACAAAGACCAUCGCCAAAGAAUGGGGGCCUCAAUUCGGGGUUCGCGCCAACACCAUCGCCUUUGGAUACAUCACCACACGAUUAACAGCUGCAAAGGAGAACGGAGCCACUUAUGUUGCCUCUGAUGGCACCAAAGUCGCCCUGGGUAUUCCCGGAAGGAAAGAAGUCAAGGCAGGCGAUGAGGCUAAAGCUUACGCUGAGAUUCCGUUACGAAGACCCGGAAGUCCGGAGGAGGCGGCUAGGGCGAUUGUGGCCGUGGCGAGUCCGUGGUUUUCGUAUGUCAAUGGCGAGACUAUUGAGGUUACCGGGGGGAGGAAUAUCUAG